CGUGGCGAUGAAAGACGAGGAUCGAUCAGCCAAAUUAAAAAUAAAUGAUGAAGAUUUUGAUACAGAUAAAGCAGCUUGUAUGGACACAACAUGUGUCAUUGAACUUGUGAAUGCAAACGCUUCUGACGAGAAGUUUGAAGAUAUUCGAGCACAUUCCUCUAACAAGCUGGAUAUAGCCUUGAUGAUGCUGUCUCAUUUGGCCCAUCUUCUGAGUGCAGCAUUCCAGGAAGCAGGCCCAACCCCAUGGUCUUGGCAUGCCAAGGUUGACUAUGAUGCUAUACACGCCAGUCUUGAAUCUCUUGCAACUAAUUUGAGAGCCUGUCUUGCAGAUCUGGUUACUUUUCCACAUCCACCUUCUCUGCUGCCAUUGUGUUUGCCUGUUCUGCAGGCCAGAGGUGUCCCGGUGGGCUUUGUGGCAUACCAAACAAGUGGUUCCGGCAAUUGUUGCCUCUAUCAGGCCAUCAGCAUCCACUUGUGUGGAGAUGAGAGUAUGCAACAUCGUCUCCGACUCUCCAGUGCCCUUUACACCUUAAAGAACAUGAGCUUUUACAUUCAGAAGUAUGAAGAAUACUUCAGCAAGCUCAGUGAAACAGAGGCAGUCGGUGCCAGGGUACAGCAGGUAUUCAGUUGCUAUGGAGUGGAGCUUCAUGAACAUCUAAGGACAUCCUGCCAAUCCUGGAGGGACCAGUUGCGUGUGAUGAUGUUCAAGGUUGUCAUGGAGACCUGUGAGGCAAAUAUGGACAGCAGUCAGCUGCAUGUCGCCCUAUUAAGCAACGCCAUCAGUUGUAAGAUUGUGCAACACUUCGAAGACGGCCACAAUCCAGACCCAUGCAGGGAUUUGAAGCUUAGAGCAAUUGCUAUGAAUAGGGAACCAUCAAAAGAGUUCCACAUUUUGUGGUGUAGGUUUAGUUCUGAUUCUCACAAUAUGAACCAUAUUGUUCCACUGACUGGAAGUAGUCAGCUGCCAGGGUGGUCACAGGGAUUCAAUAUGGACAAUGUCAAGAGAGAAAACACACAGGCAUAGUGAAUGUUGGGAAGUUAAAAUUUUCUGCCAGUUUUAUCUUGUCAUAAAGAUACAGAUGAGGCAUUGUUUUUUUGUGGCCAUUUCUAUUCAACAUUGUAGUUGUCUAGCUAGUUGUUCAUGGCUUUAAGUACAUGUUGGCCUCUAUAUGAUUUUUAGCUCGGCUGUUUUCGGAGAAAACCAGAGGUAUUGUCAUAGCCAGCUCUUCGUCCGCCAUCUGGUGUCUGCCGUCCGCAUCGUGCUAAAACAUUGACAUUUGUCUCUAAUAUCAAAGUGCUUCCACAUACAACUUUGAAACUUCAUAUGUAGAUGCACCUUGAUGAGUUCUACAUGCCACACCAAUUUUUGGGUCACUAGGUCAAAGGUCAAGGUCAAUGACCUCUCAAAAAAAAUAAAAAAUUCUGACAAUCUUUCAUUUAUUCCAAACUGCACCCGCAGCAGAGCGUUGGCACCCGUUAUGCGGUGCUCUUGUUAGGAAUACUUGUUGAUUUUUAAGUGUGAUUUUUAUGUCCCCCAGACUUUACUGGGAGUCAUAUUGUUUUUGCCCUGUCUGCUUGUUGGCAGCAACUUCAUAUUUGUCAUGCAUGUGUAUCUCAUGGAGCUGCACAUUUUGAGUGGUGAAAUGUCAAGGUCAUCCUUCAAGGUCAAAGGUCAAAUAUAUGGGGGGACAUAGUGUUUUACAAACACAUCUUGUUUUACCCUACAAAUGCCCUUACUUACAUUUUUAUCUUUUACUCAAGACAUUGAAAUGGGGUGCAGUGUUUACUCAGUGCUUCACACCAGGCACUUAAUGACCAAGGUUUGCAUCUCGUAGGACGUUCCUUUUGUGUCUUGCAUUAUCCAUUGUAACCCCAAUAACACAUGGCCUGGUAGCUAUGGCCAUAUGACAGAGAAAAAUAUAGUGAUUUUAAUUAAACAGUAUUACCCAUUUUCUUGAGCUUUCAAAAGUUUUUUGUGGUUUAAUUUUUAUGCCCCUGAUCGAAAUAUCAGGGGUAUAUUGUUUUUGGCCUGUCUGUGAUUGUAUGUGUCCGUGUGUGUGUCCCAAAACUUUAACCUUCUUCAUAACUUUUGCAAUAUUGAACGUAGCAAAUUGAUAUUUGGCUGCAUGUUUAUCUCAUGGAGCUGCACAUUUUGCGUGUUGAAAGGUCAAGGUCAUCCUUCAAGGUCAAAGGUAAAAAAAAAAUUAAAGCGGCACAUUAGGGGGCAUUGUGUUUCUGAAAAACACAUCUCUUGUUUAAACAAAGAACACUCCUAUUAAUCUUUCUUCUAUAGGCUCCAAAGUCAAUGUAAAGCAGGGGGAAAAAUUGUGUAGGUUUAUACAAUUUGAUGGAGGGGAUGGAUAAGUUGAUCAGUAGUUGAUCAUUAAGUUAAAGUUAAGGAUAAAACUUCACACUGACAAUUACUUAAGUACAGAAGAGCUAGGUUUGUAUUUUUGGGUAGGAAGGUUGGUUUCCAAUGUUACUGGACUAUGACUAAAUCAUGGUAUCAUAUAGGCUGCAUUUUAACAUGAUUCAUAACAAAAUCUGGCCUACAACACACACUUUAGUUUUGUAAAAGAGGAAACAAACAGCCUAACUGUAAUAAUAAAAUAAUUACAAUGAACACAAAAUUUCAUGUUUAGAAAGCUCUUCUUCUGAUACAGCACUCCUUCUAAAUAGAAGAUUUUGUGACGGGGCCUAUUGAUUAAGGGGUGAAAACUGUACAAAAGGUGCUCAGUUGGGUGUUGCCUGUAGUUUAAAAGUAUUUACAUCGUGUUUACAGUUUAUAGGGUAAAAUGUAUAUAUGUUUUAUUUGUUAUAUCUAAGGUCAUUCUUGUAAAAAAAAGAAUUAACAAUAUCUGCCCAAUAACUACAGAUUGAAUGGUAUAAGAAACUUGUUUUUUAUUGUUGUUUUUUGUUUUAUCUUAAAUUAAUUUCAUAAUUUUAUGGCAUUUCAUUUUAUAAUUGUGCUAAGAAUUCCAAUAUUUUCCAUUGUCACAAUGUGUUGUUACUUGCCUCAUAAGUAUAAACUUUAUACUCUAUUGUGUAUGUAUAGCCUAUUGAUUGUAGUGAUUGUAGUUAUUUUCCUACGCAUACUUUUAAGUACUACCUGUGCCGACAAUAACAGAACGGACAACAUUAAAUUAGUGGCAUGUCCUGCUUUGCUUUAUUUGUCAAAUCAAAUAUGUUUUAACAAACCUUUUUUGAAGAAGUUACGCAAGAAUUGUUGCCAUAAAGGGACUUUUUCUGUAGUGCUUACUUCAUAGAAUCAGGAACGCGUGUAAUAUUAGAGCAUUUUAAACAAAUAAUGAUUAUUUGGGUCCAGUUUUUCCAUAUUACUGUGAUAUGUUGUUGUGAGAUUGGAUCUUUUGCAAUGGAUGUACAUAAACAGUGAUAUUUCUUUGGUGUUUAGUUGUAUUAAGUUAUUAUUAUGUAUUAUUAUUGCAUAAUUAGGUUAGUAUUAAGCGUUAAGUUGUGUAAAUUUUAAUCAGAACUAAAUUAUUUAUGUAUGCUUUUUACCACUUAGAUGUUUGCUUUAAUGGUAGUUGAAAGUUAUGCUUGCUGUUAUAAUUGUUUAUGUGUGAAUGAAAACACCCUCAUAUUUUUUUGACA